CGCGAACGUAAACACUGUCGUGGCAGACGAAGGUUCGAGUGUGAAACAGAGACUCUACCAAAAAUAACAUGGCAGGCUCGCAAGGAUAGGUCCUCACACUUGAAAGAUGUUGCGCCGUAGGAAAACCACUCUCCAGACGGUGAAAAGGCUCGAUGCCUUCCCUAAAACUUCUGAAGAAUGUGUGGAAUCUACACCUACAGGAGGCACAAUGUCAUUACUGAGCCUCACAGUGAUGAUGUGGCUGGUUGUGAUGGAGAUCAUGUACUACAUGGAAACCAGCUUCAAGUUUACCUUCAAGCCAGACACAGAUUUUUCUGAAAAACUCAAGAUUAAUGUAGAUCUGACUGUUGCCAUGCCAUGCAAGUAUGUUGGGGCAGAUGUGCUUGACAUGACAGGUGAGCAAGUCAUGACGUUUGGUGAGCUGGAGAUGGAGGACACGUGGUGGGAGUUGGAUCCCGACCAACGGGCGCACUUCGAUGGUGUACAGAGGGUGAACGGUUAUCUCCGUGACCAGUUUCACUCCAUCCAUGAGUUCCUGUGGCGGAGUGGAUACACAAAUAUUUUUGGUGACAUGCCUCCAAGACGCCGAUUUCCACAGAAAGAAAAAGAUGCAUGCCGCAUCUAUGGACAACUUGGAAUCAACAAAGUGGCUGGAAACUUUCACAUAACUGCAGGUAAAUCCAUCCCUCUGCCAAGAGGCCAUGCUCACUUGGCUGUGUUUAUGGACGAGCAAGACUACAAUUUCACACACCGUAUAGACAAAUUAUCUUUUGGUGAUGCUUCUCCUGGGGUCCUGCACCCUCUGGAAGGAGAUGAGCAAAUAGCUGAGAAAAACUUUUUAACCUACCAGUACUUCAUUAUGGUUGUGCCAACCAAGGUUGAUACAUAUAGCCACCGUGGAUCUACCUUUCAAUACUCAGUAGCCGAACAGCACCGUGAAAUAUCCCAUGAAAAGAACUCGCAUGGCACUCCAGGGAUUUUCUUCAAAUAUGAUGUGUCGGCUUUGAAAGUGGAGGUCGUGGAAAGGCAUGAACCUUUCCUUGAAUUCUUGACAAGAUUGUGUGGCAUUGUUGGAGGAAUAUUUACAUGCUCUGGUUUGGUAAGCCGUUUUGUAGGCUUCUUGGUAAACUGCUUCACAUGCCGCUACUUCAUGGCCCAAAAGGCAGCUAGCACUGAAGAAGAAACAUCAAAGCAGGCAGUUGUACCUUCAGCUUCCUUGCUUCAGGCAGUGGAUCUGUCACCAUCAGAUGCUGGUCCCCAAUUGACAUCUAAAACAACUACUAGUACACCUUUACUAGAGGCGCCAGGGAUGGGGAAUUUGACGACUUGACAGUCUUGUAAGAAACUAUAGAUUCAUAUUUUUAUAUACUAAUACCUUUCUUUCUUUCAUAAGUAUAAUUUAGCAGUUUGUUUUCAUACUUAUUAUUGUUACUAUUAUUAUCUUUUUAUCAAUUUAUUAAUUAAUUAAUUUAUUUUAUUUUAUUUAUUAUUUUCUUAUUUAUAUAUUUAUUUUUUUAGUAUUUAGUAGUUAGUAUUCAAGACAUUCCUACUCAGAGACUGAAGUUUUCAAAUCAGGUUUCCUUGGUAGAUUUUUACUUCGAUGACUAUCAGAGAAAAAUGUUUUUUUAGUCUACUUUCCAUAGCCAGUAUGGAAGUACAACCAGCUCCCAUUAUCCCCGUGCCAUUUCAGGGGAUCACUAUAGAAUCUCUUUUGUUUAUUCUUUCAGGAAUUAGUCUUUACUUUGUGUGAAAAUAGCUUUGUCUUUGUAUGAUAAUAGCAUUUUCUUUAUCAGAAACUAGCAUUUUUUUUCAUCAGAAAGUAGGGUAGCUUUUUCUCUCUAUGAGAUGAACCCUAUUCUUCAUUAGAAAUUAGUUUUCUUGUUUUUAGAUUUAUUUAAAAUUUUUUUUUAGCAUGUACUGAUAACAGAGUAAACAGAUUAUCAAUCUUUGUUUGACUCUGAAUCAACUGAAGCUGUGACAUUUCAAAUGUUAUCAGAUAUUAUUACUACUGUAAUACUGUAGGAACCAAUUUUCAAGUGUAAUACAAAAAAUAUUUUUAUUUAGGUGAAAAGUGCAAUUUUUCGAACUGCUUGUGUUUGCUAGUCCUUACGUAAUGUUACAGAUUACAUAUGAUAGUUAUAUUGCAGUCAGAUGUUGCAAAAAGAUUUUUAAAAUUUUAUGCUUGUCUUUAUGAUUUUGAUACAAGUACUGGUUUUAUUACAAUGUAUGAAUUCUUACAAUGCAGAUAAUUUCAAAUUUUCAAAUUAUAUGCAAGUUGUGAAAAUGUCAGAUAGUACAUAGGUGAUUUGCUUCUAUAGUUAUUUUAUUAAUGAUCAUUAUUAUGUCAUAGCCAUUAUACUCAUAUAAAUUAUUUAUAACAGAUGUCAGUUUUUUGUCAGCUUUAUUUAUAUGAUGUAAAUUUUUCUUGUAUUUUAUAUAGAAAUUGUAUAGCAUUUUUAUCGGUUACAGAGUAAACAUUAGUUUGUAACAUUUUUUCUGAUAGGUAAUAUUUCCUUUACCUUUGAAUGAGACUUGGUUUUAAGAUUGCCAUUUUAAUUCUAAUACAAGGUUAUUGCAUUUACAAAUGUCCUUUUUUGAAUUAGAAAAAAAGUUAUUUAGACAAUGACAGUAUGAUAAAAGAAUAUUUUUUUGUUAUCAUGAACUGGAUUUCAAGACCAGAUAGUGCCUUUGAUUAGACUGCUGUAGAGGCUUCCUUGCUUAUGUGAAUUUUGGUUAUUAAAUGGAUAGAAAGGAAAGAAAGUGUAAAGAUCCUGUUCAACCCCCAAAGGAUGACAAGGAUUAGACCCAUGUGUGCACACAGGACAGCAAAAAAAUAUUCUUUUUGUUUGAUCUGUUCUAAUGGACAGAUGUUUGUUUUUUUUUUUUUUAUUAUUUUUUUUUUUGGGGGUGUGGGGUCAGUCUACACCUGAGGAUAAAAAUUGUCAAAUGUCCUUUAGCAGUUCAGCUGCUUAUGAAAUAGGAUAGAAAGAUAGAUCAAGUUUGGAUAAUAUAUUUAAUUACAAGAGGGUUGUGUGAUACUAGAAAGAAAUAAAAUGUUUGCCAGACUAUUUUUAUAAUUUUGCACUUACAGAAAUAAGAAUGUAGACUUUAUCAUGUAAACUGUGUUUCAGAUUUGCAUUUUUAAGUUACUGAAUUUCUUUGAGCCAAGUUGUAUUUCACUUGAAAAUAAAACAAUGACCAAAGUGUAAAAUAAAAGAACAUUGGAAUUCUUCAAAUGUUGAUUUAUUUGAAGUGUACAUAAUAAGUUAUAAGUCACAAACAUGAACUUUCUCGUACCUUCAAGAUACAAUAAUAGAAUAGCAAAGAUCCUCAGGGCGUCCUGAUACAAAUAAUAAUCUGGACGUCACUGGGUAACACUUAGAUAAUAGAAAGUGAUGCAGUCUAAAAAUAGAAAUUCCAACAGAUAUGAAAUGUUACACAGAAAAAGUUUUUUUUUAUUAUGUACAGGACACAUUGAAACUGGAAAUUUGCAUCAAUGCAUAAAAUUCUGUAUAAUAUUCAUAUGACAAAUGUGCAGUAGGACAUUCCAUGCAAUGAACAAGAAGUGGGAUUUUCUUGUAAAGCCCAGUAUCUUGGUAAGUACAGAGUUCUAUUUUCUAACUUCCAGCAUUUUAACACCUUUCAUUCUGUCCUGCCAGCUUACACAUCCAUUCUGUGCAUACCAAACAUUUAUGUCAAUUUUUUUCCUCUUUUUAACUACCAAAAGCUAAGUGAUGUAUGAAUUUAGCUGUAUCCAAACAGCUUCCCUGCAGUAACUUGGAGAAAUUCUGAAAUUGUCAUAAUGGACAUUUCAAAAUGUAAAAUUCUGAAACCAAAAUCUAUGGAUAAAUGUCCCAGAACAUUUAUUUUUCCGUAUUGAUUUAUUAAAACUUUUUAAUUUUUUCAUGAAAUCACAAAAGUCCCAUCUUCUCAUCGUGUUUUUUCUGCUAUUCUCAGUCCAUAAUCUUUCAAAUUAACUUGAAGCUUUGGUCAUUGUCAGCAACUCUACUAUUUAUAGAUUUUGGAAUUUUAUAUAUAUUUUAAACUCAAUGUAAGAGUUUGUUUCAAGUGAUUGUAAUAAACUGUAUUCAUUAAGUUUGU